GUUGUUGUUUGCAAAUUGCAACCAAUGACGCCGCGCCUGUUUUACCUACGUCACUUGGUCACGCCCUAUUUUCAGGGCCGGAGUAUUUGCUUAUUUUGCUCAAAAAAACAUAAAUAAAUGGAAAGUAAAUUAAAAUGGCGCUUAUAUUGAUUUGGAUGUUAUUCUUUGGCGAAGCGGUAUUAGGGCAUGUCUACAAUGCGGUGGAAACAGAAAUGUUCGCUAUACCGAUCAGCCCCAAUUUGUUCAACUGGACAUAUCAAGAGUUUGAUCAGCAGUACAGGUUCCACGCAUCUCUGAUCGGCAAGCCGGAGUUGCCGCCGUGGCUUCGGUACAUCUACAGCGGCCGGCACCACUCAGGGUUCAUUUUCGGCACACCACCCAGAAAUACCAAGUCACCGAUCACCUUGGAAGUAAUAGGCCUAAACAGACAGGAUUAUGAAACUCGUCGAGUAUUACUAAAUCUGAACGUCAUCGCAAAAGACAACAUGGCGAAACAUGAGGUGGAACUUAAAAUCGACAAUCUUAAUGUUGAAGAUUUGCUAGAUGAGCAUAGGAUGACACGUUUAAAAGACAUCCUGAGAACGAAGUUAUGGACGGAAAGUAGCACGGACUUGUACCCCACGUUUCUUGCCUCUGCUAUUGAUUUGGGGGCACGCUUGCCAUUGAAGCCCGGCGACGGAGAAGGGCUCGUAGUUCGACUGGGCAGCACCAUGCCAUUCUCGUCCGAGCUGAAACGACUAAGAGAAGAGGUUCGUCCCUUAUCACGGUUACCCAGUUGCCCUCGUGAAUAUAAAAGGACAACUGUAGAAAGACUGUUCCGAGACGCUGGUUUGACCCUUGAUUGGUGCAGCUUUGAAUUGUACAACACAAUAUACAAAGAGCGUACAACAGAACACCUAGAGUAUCUAACCGAAAUACCGAACACAUCCAAAACCCGUAACUCAAAGGGCCUAGAGACUGACGUGUGGUCCGCGCCGUACAAGCAGUCAUUGCCGUCGCGGAGCUAUGCACAGCAAUUAACAGCAGCGAUUGCUGCGCCGAUGGUGCUGCUACUGCUGUCCAUUGCUGCGCUCACUGCUGUGCUGUGCUUCCAUUAUGCUGCUAUACCAGAUCCAGAAUCAGAUAAUUUCCUCGAGGGAAUUUAUCACAUCUGUGAAGAAUAUAAAAUGCGAAGAGCUCACAAGUCAGCAAAGGUGGAACUUUGCAGAUAUGGCACGGGCAAUACUGAGCAAACUCAAGUGGGUGAUAACACGAGCCAGAAGAGUUUAGGACUCAGUCCGAACAACAGCCUAGCUCGUCCUUACAGCCCGAAAUCGACCACAAACCUAGCGGCCAACUACAACCGCCCGCAACCUCCGCCCUACAUGGGCAGCAACACACACCAACGCAAAUCACACGACCGGACACCGUCCACACACUCACACACACCAGAACACAACCGCGGACACCUAGCCCUCGAAGAAUCACUCAAACUACUAAACGAAGCCAACAUAUCCAACGAAUUCGACAACCUACUCUUGCAAAGCAAAAUAAUCGACCUAGCCGACGGUUCUGACGAUUACGUUCCCAUUAAACCGGAUUCAACCGAAUAUUUGUCGAUUAAACCGGAUAAAACCGGUUACGUCUCGAAUAAUCCGGAUUUGGACGAUAUUAAUGUGCCGGAACUAGCCAAGUAUGGCAUUUCUGGGAUUGGGCAGAUUUGACAUGACGUUACGCACGGUUCGGAACCGCCUGUUAAGACUUGGUUUUGCUGAAGCCAUAACACAAUGUUUACCUAUUCAAAUACUCAGUAUGUGUACUUACCCUAAAAACAGGUGCCUAGUCAUUUAUAGAUUUUCGUAGACGAUAGAACUUAAUAUUUAAAGCAUUAUUCAGACGUAACAAAUGAAGUUCUACAAGUAUAACAUAACGAGGUAUACGCGACAGGUCGAGAUGGCAAUCGGAGUGGUGACGGCCCGCACAUUCCCACAGCCUCCGCACUAACCCGAUGUGGAAUAGCGUGGGUGACGUACGGGUCCCCCCUCACCUCAUUCCCCGCUUAGUAUCUCGACCUGUCGCGUACUAUAGUGAAACAGUGGGUUUAAAUAAAAAGAGCAAAUCAGUAUAAUCACACUUUAUUUGUUGCUUCACACACUAAUAAUCACUCUCAUUUAUUUGUUACUAUAUAUACCACACUAAUAACUGCACUAUUUGAUUAUUUAUAUCACACUAAUAACCAAUAGGUAUUUGUACUUAUUUACACAAGAUAUUAUUGUAAAGAUUAGCAAGCUGAAGUGGCAAUAGGCCAUGUCUGUCGCAGAAUCGACGGCCAUUGGGGCAGACGUAUUCUGGAGUGGAGACUGCGUACCGUAAGCACAGUGUGGGACGACCUCCAGCCCGCUGGACCGAUGACCUGAAGAAGGUGGCAGGGAGCGGGUGGAUGAGGAAGGCGGAGGACCGUGUUUGGUGGCGCGCUCUUGGAAGGGCCUGUGUCCAGCAGUGGACGCUUACUUGAUGGAAUGGAAAAAUUAUUGCAAGAAACAACACUUAAAUCAAAGAUUAAGGAUAUGAUAAUUAAUACAGAGGGUCAUCAUAGUCAUCAUCACAUGCCAUCUAGACAGUGCAUCAUGCGUUAAGAGCGGGUCAAAGGAGCGACCCGAACUGACCUACAUAGUUAGGGUCCUAUGUUUAAGGGUCGUCGCGUCGUGGUCAUUUACUACAGAUCAAAGACAUCGCAUCGGACUACUGUGCUUUAUCUACUAUACUUAACCUAUACAGACCUAUGUAAUUUUACUAUGUACUUACCUAGUUAUUGUAAUUCAGCCUAUGUAAUUGUACUAUGCAGAUAUCUUUACUAUGCAAAUCGAAUGUUUGAACUUUGAAUGUAUCAAUGUUUUCUAGUCAAAACUAGUCAAUAAAGUUUUCGAAUUUAA